CUGCACCAAACCCUCUCCCAACUUCUUGCCUUUAUAUGUCACUCAAUUACGCAAGAGAGAAAAGGAAACAAUAAGACACUACCAAAAACUGUGAAAGACAGAUCAAGAGAGCAAGCUAGCUAGGUAGACAUGGUGAACCUUGUGGCUGCACAGAGACCCAUGUUGCAUGGGCUAAUGAAGAUGGCUGGUGUGCAACCCUACACUGUGGAGAUCGAGCCAGGCACAGUCAUGAGCUUCUGGGUCCCAGUAGAGACACUCAAGAAACCCAAAAAAAAGGGUGAAAAGCCUGAACCCCCAGCUAAACCAAACAAACCUGUGGUGGUUCUAGUCCACGGGUUCGCUUCUGAGGGCAUCGUGACAUGGCAGUUCCAAGUUGGUGCGUUGUCCAAAAACUACUCGGUUUACAUACCGGACCUCCUCUUCUUCGGUGGCUCUAUCACUGACAAAACCGACAGGUCGCCGAGUUUCCAAGCGGAGUGUUUGGUUACGGGGUUAAGGAAGCUUGGGGUGGAGAGGUGCACUGUGGUUGGGUUUAGCUAUGGUGGGAUGGUAGCGUUCAAAAUGGCUGAGCAGCACGCAGACUUGGUUGAGUCCAUGGUGGUGUCUGGGUCCAUCAUAGCCAUGACUGACUCAAUCAGUCAAACCACGCUGCAAGGCCUUGGGUUCUCUUCUUCUUCGGAGCUGUUGUUGCCUACUUCUGUUAAGGGUUUGAAAGCUCUUCUCUCUGUUGCUGCUCACAAAAAGCUGUGGUUCCCAGAUCGCCUUCACAAAGACUUCCUUGAGGUGAUGUUCACCAACAGGAAGGAGAGAGGUGAACUCCUAGAAGGCUUAGUCAUUAGCAACAAGGAUACCAAGGUUCCCAAUUUUCCACAGAAGAUACAUCUCUUAUGGGGUGAGAAUGAUCAGAUUUUCAACCUGGAGCUUGCCCAAAACAUGAAAGGGCAACUUGGAGAAAAUGCAUCAUUUCAAGGCAUACCUAAGGCUGGUCACUUGGUUCACCUCGAACGGCCUUGCGUUUACAAUAGGUGUUUGAAGCAAUUCCUUGCCUCCUUGCACGCAAAUAAAGCCCAAAAAUGAUAAUACCAAUAGUAAGUAGACAUUAUUUGUACUCUGUGCCAAGGUCAGUGUUAAAGUUCAAUGAAGAACGAUAUAGUUUUAAGUGUUUAACAUUUCAAUAGGUGAAGCUAAGAUUGUUUCAAGAUUUGAAUAAAUUUUGCUUUCAUUUACUUUUA